AUGAGCGGAAUCACCGCUGAGGACCAAGACAUGGUCUGUGAGAAGGCAGUGGCCCUCAUCGUUAACCUCUGCCUGGAUGACAGCCCUCACCUGGACUCCGUAACGUGCCAGGAUUUCCUGUUACUUCUGACCAACGAAAACACCAAUGUCUCCAGUUCAGACAUUUCUUUCAGUCUCCUGCUGCUUGCAUUUGUGGUGUGUGGCUUUGCCCUGCUUGGCGUCAUCAGUGUCGCUACCUGGAAGCUGUGCUGGGUGCCCUGUCACUGCAAAGCUCUUUCCAACAGUGCCAUCACCCUUGCCCCCACCCGCUCAGAGAGAGACCAACUCAGAGAAGGUCACGGUGACCACUACCCGUCCCUCAGAGAUAUCAUGGCAGCAGACAAGCUGAAAGAUCCUGGGAACUUUCUUGAGGCGGCAGUGAAGAUUAGUCAUACGUCACCAGAUAUCCCUGCAGACGUUCAACUGUCCAUGAAGGAUCAUUUGCUGAGACGCACACGUAUCUCACGACAGACCACUGAACCGGCCUCCUCUAACAGGCACAGUUCUUUCAAGAAGCACCUUCCAAGACAGAUGCACCAUGUCACCAGUCUGGACCGCGGAAGUGAAUUUUUGGAUGUGGAGGACUAUCCCACCUGUACCGCUGCCUCUCUUGGACGCAUCCAACCGGAACUCUACAAACAGAGCACAAUGGAGGCAGAGGAGUCGUCCAAGAAUGGCACAGAAAAAACAUGUGGCAAGAUCAACUUCUCCCUUAAGUACGAUUAUGAGGGGGAGCUUCUUCUUGUUACCAUCCUCAAGGCUUUCGACCUACCUGCAAAAGAUUUGUGUGGCAGCUCAGAUCCUUACGUCAAGAUCUAUCUGCUGCCCGACCGUAAGCGUAAAUUCCAGACCCGUGUGCACCGCAAGACACUCAACCCCACAUUUGAUGAGACCUUCCAGUUCCCAGUCCCGUAUGAGGAGCUGGGGUCUAGAAAGCUCCACUUGAGUGUGUUUGACUUUGACCGCUUCUCACGGCAUGAUAUGAUUGGGGAGGUCAUACUGGAUAACCUUUUUGAAGUUUCGGAUCUCUCACAAGAGACAACCAUCUGGAAAGACAUUCAAUAUGCCACCAGUGAGAGUGUGGAUUUGGGAGAGGUAAUGUUUUCUCUCUGCUACUUGCCAACUGCAGGGAGACUUACACUUACUGUCAUUAAAUGCCGGAACCUCAAAGCCAUGGAUAUUACUGGUUAUUCAGAUCCUUACGUGAAGGUGUCACUGGUUUGUGAUGGAAGACGCUUGAAAAAGAAGAAAACUUCCAUUAAAAAGAACACUUUGAACCCAACAUAUAAUGAGGCGAUCAUUUUUGACAUACCUCCAGAGAAUAUGGAUCAAGUCAACUUGCACAUAUCAGUCAUGGACUAUGAUCUAGUGGGACAUAAUGAAAUCAUUGGAGUCUGUCGGGUAGGGUGCCAUGCUGAAGGUUUGGGAAGAGACCACUGGAAUGAGAUGCUCGCUUACCCUCGGAAACCCAUUGCUCACUGGCAUCCACUCGUAGAGCCCAAGAAGUCGGAAAAGGAGUGGAAGAAUCGCACUGCAAGCUUUGACAGUCAGGGGUCUUGUCCAUCUCCCAAACUCCCCUCCAGUCCAUAAGGGAGGGCGAGCCUCUCCCUACGUUUUCACAAAAGCCAAGGAUCUCCCAGGAAGUGAUGAUGUGAUUUAAAUAUGUCCUUAGACAACGUGAGACACAACUUAUGUCUGUGUGGACAUGUAUCACAGAGCAGUAAGAAAGAGGAUGCAGUCCAAUCUGUUUGUGCUAACAGUGCAACUGAACCUAGCCAAGUUUUAGCCCCUUUUUUGUGUUUGGACUGAAGUGUUGCUUCCAUGCAUUGGGUAAAUCCACAACCCACAGAGGGCACUAUUUUAAGAGCGCUAAGUGCAGUGCUAUGCCAUAAGUCAUACAUUCAAAGUCAAAGGGCAUCGCCAGGAAGUUCUGGUAUUUUUGUGCAAGCAUGCGCUAAGUCUAGGCGCAAGUGGGUUUGGCGAAAUUGCAUGCUCAAAGUGCUAAUGGACUGGGUCAAGUGCAAUUUAAUUCUGCAGUUCUUCCCCGGCAAUGUCUGCUUCCUAUUAUAUAGUCCAUUCCUUGUCAAGCACCAGUGAUGUAAACAAAGUCAGCACAUUCAUAAGAAGUUGGAUUGUGUGCAAUGAAUUAGAAGAAUAGAAAUAUGGACUUACAUUCUUUUGUGCAUUAACCUGUUUAAUGUCAGGCAUAUUUCUAUUAGAGGUCAACCGAUGGUGGAUUUUGCAGAUACCGAUAACUAAGGUGUUGGGAAAGGUCGAUAACUGAUCAAUCGGCAGAUAGGUUUUUACAUUUUAAAAUAUUCUUAUUCUUUCUUUACUUUGAUGGGCACAUACAUAUAGGCUGCAAGAAUUAAAAAUGAAUAAAAUCCCAGAUGCAGUUUAUUGUUCAUCCAAAAUCCCAUUAAUAACCAGACAAAAUGAAGAUUUAUUGAAUAAUGUGGGACUUUUAAGUAUAAACAAGUGUGUGAAACACACAGAGAACUCUAAUUUUGAAAUAAAAAAUGUAUGUAAGAUCUAUCGACAACUAUCAGCAUAGAUUUUUGCCAAUAAUCUAUAGUUCCAAAAAGCAACUAUCAGAAACAAUUAUUCUGUAAAACCGAUAUCGGUCUACCUCUAAUUGAUAUGACAGUGACACGCUCCUUUUAUACCCAUGGAAAAUGGGUUCUAGUUAGAAUUUGUAUUUACCCUUUAUUAUAUUAUAGAAAAAAGUAUUAUUCAUAUUUGUCAUCUAUUGACAAACAAAUAAUGGCUAGUAUUAACAGUGAUUGUAUCAGAAAGCAUUUCACAUUAUCUUUAUUACCCCCUGUGGGUGGAAUCUCCAAACUGCAAAUCCAGGAAUUGAGUUUAGACUUUACACAGAAAACAGAUGUCCUUUUGAAAUUGUCUAGUGCAAUUAUCUAUUUCUCAAGAAAUUAGCUAAUUGUGCUUUGCCGCACUUAAUUUACGUCAAAUAAACCUCCAGUUUGCGCGCAUUCACCCGCAGAUAGCACAAACACUCCCACCCAUGCCCACUUGCGCAUUACGCUGUCAUGACAAUUGCACUUAGAUUUCUCGUUCUCACAAAAAUUGGAUUAGAUUCGUGUACAGUCCUCGCGCAUAUUGCUGUGCUUUGUGCACUCGCAAAAAUUGUUUUGUGACUAUAGACUGAAGACUGUAUAAUUGGUAGAUGUAUCAGAUAUUUUCAUUGACAUUAUAAUAGUAUGAAGAUACAUUUUAUUAUAUUUUAGCCAUAACUUCCUUCUAGUUCUUUUUUGUCUUCUUUGAAUAUAAAAUACCUGUGUUAAAUAAGAGGAAAGUGUUUUAACAAAGAUAUGUGAAUUCCUCAUUAUGUUCAUCCUUUUGAGAUAUAUUAGCAGAAGUGUUGUAUAUUGUUUACAGAGCAGAAAUAUUCCACUGAUCUUCCUUUUGUUUGUGAAGUACAGAAUGUGUUCUGCCACCAUUAAUGCCAAGAGCCAUUUACAGUAUAUCCUGUCUACAAAUAUCUCAUCAUCACUGUAAAAAUUGUAGAGGUUUUACUUGGAUUUAAUAUUUUGACAAUCUUUUUAAGUUGCUGAUUGUUAUUAAUCUAUUUCAAUUUGCUAUCAUUUUCUCAAUCAAGUUCAGUUAAUAAAACACAGCCAUGCACAGCUUUAUCUUUCAUGAUCCAUAAUACAUAACUCUGUAAAAUUCUCAUCAUUUCACCAUGCAGUAAUUGUAGCUUCCAAAGUAAAACCAUAAUGAAUACCAAGGUUUGUGUUGAAAGCAUGACAGAACUAAAGGAUUCAGAAACUUCUUGGUGUACUAACAAGACUUGAAGUACUUUCAUGUAAAAUCAAAUAAAUUAAUGUUAUCAUUUACCGUUUUACAAGGAAACAUUUUGUAUUUUACAUCAAUUGUGACAAACCUUUGGUCGUAUUUUUCCUGUAAGCUUUAAGGUGUUUUCUCCUCAAAUAAAUAACAUGACAUAUUUUGUUGGUUUGGCCUGGCUGGAACCCAUUGUAACAAUAAUCUUUUUGAUUAUUGUUUCUGUAUGAAAAGACUGAUUGAAGAGCUGAAGAGUAACUUUCCACUUUUAUAUUGAUAAAGUGUAUUUGUAAAUGUACAGUUAUUGUUUCAGAACUUCCUCUUGUACUUGAAAGGUGUGAUUAAAGUUCUUGCCUCAACUGUAUCUGCAGUUUGUUUGUUUUUUUGUUGUUCCCAUUCUUCCAUGAUAAUUGUUUGUUAUGGUAAUUUGUAAGCUUUUUGACAUUACAUGGCCAUGUCUUUAUGUAGUGUUAUAAACCUCGCCUGCUUAGCUAACAGAUUUUGUCAAAAGUGUUAAUUU